GCAACACCUCGAGUCAGUCACCCAAGAAUCCGCUCUCUGGUCUGCAGAAAUGGGCGGGCUGUUGUCUAUACCGCUGAUGGCGGUCCCGAGUAUGGGUACGCUCAUUACUCUUGGGACCUCAUGCUGUGGCGCUGCGACUUGCUCUGCUGUGUGCAGUGCAUGUGGGAAGUUCCAGAAUAGUAUGGCGACAAGAAUUGCCUACGCCUUUAUUUUGUUAAUCAACUCGAUCGCUUCCUGGAUCAUGCUGACGCCGUGGGCGUUGAAGAAACUGGAGCAUCUGACGCUGGACUAUAUGGAGAUUAAAUGUGAUGGGAAGGAGUGCCAUGGCUGGGUGGCGGUUCAUCGCAUCAACUUUGGCCUGGGGCUUUUACAUCUGCUCCUCGCAUUCGCCCUGAUUGGGGUCAGGACCUCCAAGGACAGUCGAGCGGCGCUGCAGAAUGGGUUUUGGGGUCCGAAGAUUAUCCUCUGGCUCGUCUUCGUCGUCAUGUCCUUCUUCAUCCCGGAGCCCUUCUUCUUCGUCUACGGUCAUUACAUCGCGUUCUUCUGCGCCAUGCUCUUCCUCCUGCUGGGUCUCAUUCUCCUGGUAGACCUGGCCCACUCGUGGGCCGAACUGUGUUUGGAGAAAAUUGAAGACAGCGAUUCGCGCCUCUGGCGCGGUCUGCUCAUUGGGUCGACCAUGGGCAUGUACGUUGCGUCCAUCGUCAUGACGGUGCUGAUGUAUGUCUUCUUUGCCGGCAAGGAUUGCACCAUGAACAAGACCUCCAUAACCAUCAACCUGGUCAUCUUCCUCAUCAUUUCCUUGGUUUCUGUACAGCCAGCGGUGCAGGAAUCCAACCCGCGUGCGGGUCUGGCCCAAGCGGCCAUGGUCACGGUUUACUGCACCUACCUCACCAUGUCGGCAGUCUCCAUGGAACCAGAUGACAUGCACUGCAAUCCCUUGAUUCGGGCUCGAGGCACCAGGACUGCCAGCAUUAUUCUCGGGGCGAUUGCCACCAUGGUAACGAUCGCCUAUACCACCACACGCGCGGCUACCCAGGGGAUUGCUCUCGGAUCCAAGGGCAAUAACAACUAUUCACGACUGGGUGCCGAGGAGAACGAGCACGGUCUUGUCACACAGCAGCCCAGCAGCCGCCGCGAGAUGCGCGCCGAAGCUCUCCGCGCCGCCGUGGAGAGUGGAAGUCUGCCUGCCAGCGCGCUCGAUGAUGAUGACGAUGAUGAAGAUGACGAUUUCGACACCAAGGAUGACGAACGGGGCUCGACCCAGUACGACUACACCCUGUUCCACAUCAUCUUCUUCCUGGCCACUACGUGGGUGGCCACCCUACUCACCCAGAACCUGGACCCGAAGGCCACAGACGAUUUUGCCGCCGUCGGUCGAACCUACUGGGCCAGCUGGGUGAAGAUCAUCAGUGCCUGGGUCCACCAAAUCCAAUCCGGCCAGGUCAUCGUCGACCUGUGCUCUGUUGCAAAGGAGCUUGUCGAGAACGGACUCGAUGCGGGGGCGACGUCGAUUGAGGUUCGAUUCAAAAAUAACGGGCUGGACGUGAUUGAAGUGCAGGAUAACGGGAGUGGGAUAGCACCGGACAACUACGAGAACGUGGCGCUGAAGCAUUACACGUCGAAACUGUCGAGCUACGAUGACCUCUCACGUCUACAGACCUUUGGUUUUCGGGGCGAGGCGCUCUCGUCGCUGUGUGCUCUGUCCGAUUUCUCCAUCGUCACGGCACAGGCCAACCAAGCGCCGAAAGCGAACAGGCUGGAAUUCGAGAUCUCGGGAACACUGAAGAAGACACAGGUGGUCGCGGGCCAGAAGGGGACGACUGCGUCCGUGGUCGGGCUGUUCAAGAGGUUACCCGUGCGGCGACGCGAGCUGGAGAAGAACAUCAAGCGCGAGUACGGCAAGGUGCUGAACCUGCUCCAUGCGUACGCGUGUAUCAGCGAAGGGGUGCGCUUCAGCGUCAAGAACACGGUGGGCAAGACCAAAAAUGUCGUCGUCUUCUCCACGAACGGCAACCAGAGCGUCAAGGAGAACAUCGCCAACGUGUACGGGGCGAAGACUCUGGGUGCGCUGAUCCCGCUCGAUCUCGCGCUGGAGUACGAAAGCUCCGUGUCGUCGGUGAAUCGGGCCCAGCGCGCAUCCAACAACCAAAUCCAGGUCCGGGGCUUUGUCUCGCGUCCUGUGUUUGGGGAGGGGCGACAGACGCCCGACCGACAGAUGUUCUUUGUGAAUUCACGGCCCUGCGGCCUCCCGCAGAUCGCCAAGGCGUUUAAUGAAGCCUACAAGUCGUUCAACGUCGCGCAGUCGCCGUUUAUCUGCGCAGACUUGCACAUGGACACAACCGCGUACGAUGUCAACGUCUCACCGGAUAAACGGACCAUCCUGCUGCACGAUGCAGGCGCCCUGGUUGAGUCGUUGAAAGUGGCGUUGCUCGAACUCUUCGAGGCCGCGGAGCAGACGGUGCCCCAAUCGCAGGUCUUUACACCCAAGCCGUCCGCGACGAGACAGCUAUCUAGAAGGGAAGAUUCUGACAACCUGGCCUCGGACAUUAAUGACUCCCAGCUCGUGUCGGACGUUGCAUCUAGCCAGGUGACCAUGUCUCAGAGUCUGAAAGCUUUCAGCGCUCACCAGAGUGAGCGGAGCUCGCAGUUAGAGGUAGCCUCCUCCCCUGCACGAACCAACGAUGAAGAGUCAAAUGAUGGGGAAGAUAUAUCUCAACAAAGUGAAGAACCGGUUCCUAACCUCCAAGCCGAUUACUCCGAAACGCCCAACGUGAUUCAAAAUGCCUUUGACAGGAUGCGACCGCGACGACUCCCUGCUGAGAUGGCCGUCAUCACCGUCGGUGACCGGACGGUCACCUCCAGGAUUGGCAGUGGGAUUCCUCGUAAACGGGCCUCGAAUUCCCCUGGCUCCGGCGCACUGCCCAAACGACGAGUGCACACGCCGUCUCGCCCUGGUAUUUUUGGUCAGCAUAUGCAAUCUUUUGCGGCGGGAACCCAUGAAGAUGAAAUCGAAGAUGAAGAUGAGGAGGGGGAUGAAGAGGAGGAUCGAGGGGAGAAAGAGGGAGAAGAGGGAGAGGGAGAGGAAGAAGAGGGAGAAGAAGAAGAAGAAGAAGAAGAAGAAGAGGAAGAGGAGGGUGACACGGAUAAAGAGCACAUUCAGGAGCCACUACAAACUCCCAGUCAUGCAGACGUCGACAUAGAAAUGGAAGAAGCACCAUCACCAGCACCGGCACCAGCACCGGCAGCAGGACUCAACGACGAAGCCAAACGAGUGCAAGACGAGGCCAAAGUGCAAGAUUUGAUCCGGGAGGCGGAGGCAUCCACGGUGUCCGAGGAAAGCAGCCUGAAACGGGCCAACAAGUUCAACCGGGGAGCGACGCGCGACUCGACGGUGCAGCUGGUGAGUUUCAUGGACGGGUCUACGGCACGGAUCGCGGCGCAGAUGAAGCAACUACGCGACAGUCUCGAUUCUGGCAUUGUUCGUAGGAAUAAAGAAGAAGAAGAAGAAGAAGAAGAAGAGGUUACGGCGGAAGGCGAGGAACGGCUGUCGCUGACGGUCAGCAAGGAGGAUUUCGCCCGGAUGCGAAUCGUCGGGCAGUUCAACCUGGGGUUCAUCCUCGCGACACGGAGCCACGCCGGUGGAGACGAGGGACGAGACGAGCUGUUCAUCAUCGACCAGCACGCGUCGGACGAGAAGUUCAACUUUGAACGACUGCAGGCCGAGACGACGGUGCAGAACCAGCGCCUCGUACGGCCGCAGCGCCUGGAGCUGACCGCCGUCGAGGAGGAAGUGGUGUUAGCGAACCAGGCCGCGCUGGAGAAGAACGGGUUCCUCGUCGAGAUAGACCAGAGCGGCGACCACCCCAUCGGACGACGGUGCAGUCUUGUCUCCCUGCCGCUGAGCAAGGAGGUGGUCUUUGGCGUGCGCGAUCUGGAAGAGCUGAUCGUGCUGCUGUCCGAAACCGCGGGCGCGGGCGCAGGCGCAGACGACUUCAUCCCGCGCCCGGGCAAAGUGCGUCGCAUGUUCGCCAUGCGGGCGUGCCGGUCGAGUAUCAUGGUGGGCAAGACGCUGACGGGGCGGCAGAUGGAGCGUGUCGUGCGCAACAUGGGCCGCAUCGACAAGCCGUGGAACUGUCCGCAUGGGAGGCCGACGAUGCGCCAUUUGGCGAGUUUGGAUGCUGUGGGUAUACUGAAUAAAGAUGUUGGAUGA